UUGUUCACAUUUGUUCUCUCGUAUUCCGUUGUUCAAAUUAACAUCCGAUAAAUUCAUUUUAUUCUUUUCUAUUCUAUUUUAUCAGGACAGGUACAUACUAGAAAUGGCAAAUGUCAAAAAUGCAACUUCUAUCAAAUGUCCCAAGAAAUCCUGUCAAAUGAUGUGGAUGCUCACAUGAUAAAAUAUGAUUUAUAUAAUACAUAGAUACUGUAAACAUCAUUCGUACAUUUGUACAUAAAAUUUAUACUCACAUUCAUCUCAAAUGAAACCAAUGUGCCGAAUGUGUGUAUUUACUGUGACUCCCCUCCGCUCUCUGGGAGGGUCCUGUAGAUAAACAGGAUGCUGAUUGGCCACACUAACGAGGGUCUGCGAGCCGGUUGGUUCCUGGACAGCGUUCAGAUCUGGGUGCCAGUGCACGGGGUGCAGUACAUGUUCCCCAGUCACCGCUGGCUCUGUAAGGACGAGGCUGAUGGGAAGGUGGAGGUGGAAAUCUAUCCAAGUGAGACGCUGGAGAUAGAGAAAUUGAUCAAUUAUGAAGUUACUGUGGUGACGGGAGACGUGUGGGCCGGAGGAACGAAUGCGAACGUCUUCCUGCAGAUUUACGGUGAGGAGGGAAAAACCGAACUAAUACAGCUGAAGAGCCGAUCCAACAACUUUGAGAGAGGAACCACUGAGAUCUUUAGGAUCGAGGGCCUAGAUGUGGGACGGGUCUAUAAGAUCCGAAUCGGCCAUGACGGCUCAGGAAUAGGAGCUGGAUGGUUCCUGGAGAAAGUGGACAUUAAACGGCUGGUCAUGGCGAUGGUGAAACCAGAGAAGAAAGAGGAGGACAAGAAAGACAAAAAGAAGAAAAAGAAGAAAAAGGAGGAAGAAGAAGAAUCGCCAGGUGAACUGAAGGAGGUUGUUCGAACUUUCAGCUUCCCAUGUGGCCGAUGGCUCGCUCGUGAUGAAGAGGAUGGAGAGAUACUCGUGGAGCUGCGUGCUGAAGAUUACGAAGAUCUGGAGGAGAAUUCAUACGAGGUUCGCGUGUUCACUGGAGAUAUGCUGGGGGCCGGAACUGAUGCGAGUGUUUUCAUCAACAUCUACGGAGAAAUGGGCGACACGGGCGAGAGAAAACUACGCAAGUCAAACCACCUUAACAAGUUUGAGCGCGGACAGGAGGAUGUGUUCACGAUCACUGGGAUGGAUCUGGGGUCCUUGAAGAAACUGAGGAUACGUCAUGACAACAAGCAGGCGAAUGCUGCCUGGUAUCUGGACCGCGUCGAGAUCUUUGAUGCGAAAGAUGAAACCAUGUAUUUUUUCCCCUGUCAGCGAUGGUUGGCGGUGGAUGAAGAUGACGGGCAGCUGGGCCGUGAAUUAGUGCCUGUAGAUGAGGCUUUCAUGAGAAGAGAUGAAGACGAAGAAGAGGAGUCAUCACCUGCUCAACUCGGACUAGAGCAAAAAGCCAUGUCAACCACGUUCACAAUGAGAGUAAAAACAGGGGAGAAGAAGAACGCCGGGACAGAUGCAAACGUUUAUGCUAUUCUUUACGGAACCAAAGAUGACACUGGUAUCAUUAAUCUAAAGUCGUCUAAGAACCAUAGGAACAAGUAUGAGUUGGGACUGAUUGACGAGUUCACCAUAGAGGCAGUGGACAUCGGAAAACUCAAGAGAAUCCGUAUCGGACACGACAACGCAGGUAUUUCUCCAGGCUGGUUUCUGGACUGGGUAGAGAUAGAUGCUCCUUCUCUGGGUCAGCUGCUGCGCUUUCCAUGUGGCUGCUGGCUGGAUAAAGGAAAAGACGAUGGUGCCAUUGUCAGAGACCUGUACCCUAAUGAACUGCAGACAGUACUAUACACACCCUUUGUUCCCUAUGAGCUCAAAAUCUUCACCAGUGAUAUAUUUGCUGCGGGAACGGAUGCAGACGUCGUCAUCAUUCUGUACGGGCAGAACGGAGUGAGUACGUCUCAGAAGUCUCUCUGCGUCAAUAAGAGAGAGAGGAGGAUGUACUUUGAACGAGGGGCGGAGGACAUGUUCAUUGUAGAGUUGGAGGACAUUGGCGAUAUCAUUGAGAAAAUCCGUAUCGGUCACGAUAAUCGAGGGGUGAAUCCUGGCUGGCAUUUAGACCGUGUGGAAAUUCGCCGACUUCUCCGGAAAGGGAAGGGAUCUGAGACCACAAUAUUCCCGUGUGAGGGAUGGUUGGCUCGUUCGGAGGAGGACGGUGAGACGAUUCGAGAGCUGGUGCCGUCUGACAUCAUCGUAGAGAAACUUUCACGAGACGGGACCCUCAAAGUCAUCGAGACAGAGGUGGACGACGCACUGGAGAUACACACAUAUACAGUGAUGGUGACCACGGGGGAUGUGUACGGAGCAGGAACCGAUGCCAAUGUGUUCAUCACUCUUUACGGAGACAUGGGCGACACUGGAGAACGCAAACUCAGCAAGUCUGAGAACAGCAACAAGUUUGAGAGAGGAUCGGUGGACACAUUCACCCUUGAGGCCGUGGAUCUGGGCCAGGUGUUCAAGAUCCGCGUUCGCCAUGACAACAGCAUGCUGAGUGCUGAUUGGUACCUGGAACAGGUGGAAGUGGUGGACCAAGAUACGGAGGAAGUGUUUCUGUUUUUGUGUGAGCGAUGGCUUUCGAGAAAGAAGGAGGACAGACGGAUCGACAGGGUGUUCUAUGUUAAGGGGUAUGAGGGAGAGCGAGAGACUGCCUUCUGUCCAAUUAAAAACGUGACAAAUCUGGACAGCAACAUGAACAAGAAAAACAAGAAACGACAUUCAGAAGAAGAAGAAGACGAGGAAGGAUCGUUGAUUCCCUACCACUUCUCGGUGACGACGGGUUGGGAUCGGGAUGCUGGGACGAGUAGCCGAGUGUAUGUCAUCAUCAUAGGAAAGAAGAACGAAAAGACAGAUCGCCUCUGGCUCAACUCGGAUGGGAAAAACAGAUUCCUGCCUGGAUCCUUGGAUUACUUCACCUGCUAUGGAACUGAUGUUGGCGACAUCAAGAAAGUGGAAUUGGGUCAUGAUGGGGCGACUCCAGAGAGCUGCUGGUUAGUGGAGGAGUUGACAGUUGAUGUGCCGACUAAAGCAGUGCGCUACGUGUUUCCCUGUAAAUGCUGGUUGGCCAAAGACAGAGGAGAUGGACUCACUGCCCGUUUCUUUGAUGUACAGGAUGCAGAACCUGUCAACAUCCCACAGAAGGUGAUCUAUGAGGUAACGGUGAUAACAGGAGAUGUCCAGCACGCAGGUACAGACACACAGAUCUACAUGACUGUGUUUGGAGUCUACGGCACAUCUGAGGAAAUGCUGCUGCCAAAGUUAGAGGACAGGUUUGAACGGGGGCAGACGGACACAUUUAAUCUGGAGAUUGAGGAUAUCGCUCCUUUGAGAAAGAUGAGAGUGCGUAUAGAUGGUUCUGGAAGCAGACCCGACUGGUUCCUGGAAAAGAUCGAACUGCAUAACCUGCAGACGGAUGAAGUGGCGUUAUUUAUGUACGAGGAGUGGCUGUCUCGCUCAUACGGGCCCAAGCGGACGCUUCUGUGCGAGAUGCCUGCAGUAAUAGAUGACGAGGAGAUGGUGGAGCUCACCACCUACACCGUUUCUGUGAAGACCAGCGAUGUAACUGCGGCUGGAACCGAUGCUAAUGUGUGGAUGGUUAUUUUUGGAGAGAACGGUGACACUGGAACGCUGACUCUGAAAGAAAGCAACAACACCAACAAGUUUGAGCGCAAACAGAUGGACACGUUCCGUUUCCCUGACAUCCUCAGCUUGGGCGAGCUCUCGAAAGUGCGCAUUUGGCACGACAACGCAGGCCUGGCUGCAGGUUGGCACCUGGAGUAUGUAGAUGUGCAUGAUGACAUCUUGGGGAAGAAGUUUCGUUUCCAGUGUGACCGCUGGCUCGCCAAGAACGAGGAUGAUGGACAGAUAAUGAGAGAGCUGGCGUGUGCCAACAAUGAUGCAGUGGAUUUUGAUGAAAAAACCAAAUAUGAAAUCUUGGUCACGACAGCAGAUAUGGAUGAUGCUGAAACCAAAGAGAAUGCCUGGAUCGUUCUAGAAGGGAAGAAAGGACGUUCCAAAGAGUUUGUGAUGGAGAACUCGACUAAAAAGAAGCGUUUUUUACGAGGCGCUUCGGACCGCUUUGAGUUCUCCUCCAAGGAACUGGGAGACAUCGCUAGCAUCUGUCUGGGACACAUCCCUAAAGAUGGCAAGAAAGUCAAAGUGGAAGCCUCCUGGUUUGUGGAGCAGGUCGUUGUCACCGAGAAGGAGCUGGGCAAUAAGUAUAUCUUCCGUUGUGACGCCGCCAUCCCUCUCUCCUCAAAACGGGAUGAGUUCCAGACUUUCGAGUGCAGCAAGUUCAUCGAGAGCUUUACCAGCAAGGCCCAAAGCCUCGUACCUGUAAAAUACGAGCUCAUCGUAAUCACUGGUGACGAGAAGGGCGCAGGCACCGACGCCAACGUCUUCAUCACCAUCUUCGGCUCCAAUGGCGACUCCGGCCAGAGGCAGCUUACCAAGAAGUUCCAGAACCUGUUUGAGCGCGGCAAGACCAACCGUUUUAUUCUGGAACUGCUGGACCUGGGUGAUCUGUUCCGCAUGCACGUGGAACAUGAUAACUCCGGACUCAGUCCUGGAUGGCUCCUGAGCAGGAUCGAGAUUACAAACACGGCCAACGCUGUGACCACGAUCUUCAUUUGUGGGAAAUGGCUGGAUAAAAACAAAGCGGAUGGCAGGAUAAAGCGCGUGAUCUAUCCAAAGUAUUGACAUUUAAUCAACCAGUCAAUGGUCCGGUCAGUAUUACUAAUGAAUAUUCAUUAUAUGACAUGUUCAUAUCAACGAUCUUUUGAUUAUUUACACACUAAUGUUGUACCAAACCUGUUUGACUUUCAAAGAUCUCGGUUUGACAAUCAAUGGGAUCCGAUGUUGUUUGGUUCCAAACAUUGUCUUCUUUUGUGUUCAACAAUAGAAAGAAAGCCAUACAGGUUUGGUUGUCCAUUUUUGGGUGCAUUAUCCCUUUAGAGAUGAGGUAACCUCUUUGAUGUUUUCCAGCCACAGCUACAAGUAAACCAUCACUAAGCUGAUGGUUGAAAGAAACCGUUGAAAUGGAAGAGUCCAGUGUUUCUCCAUCUUCCAGAGUGCCACCUCACCAGCGUGCCUCUAAAAGAGUUUGUAUGAUUUGACAGAUGUGUGAAAGUUGUUUUAUUUGUAUUUUUAAACAAUAUUAUUUCGUACAUUGUUACCUCUGUGAGGAGUGCAUGUGUGUGCAACAAGGUUCGUGGAGUAAAACUCAAC